UCUUAGGUCAUCCGAUAAUGACAUGUGGAAACUCUACCAGCCGAGUAGUCGAGGUCGGCUCAAAUGUUUGCCUUUUCUUAACCCGGUUUGUGGCCACUACGUCCGGCGGAUAGCCUGCCCAUCGGCAAGCGCGGCGGACUCCAAGAUCGUUGAGCUCUCGGUGGGAAAUGUGAGGGGUCGUCGGCAGUGCGGUGUCUAUGGCGACGCCUUCUACAGUUUCGAGGGGAUUCCCUUCGCCAAGCCCCCGCUGGGAGACCUUCGAUUCAUGGCCCCUCAUCCGGCGGAUCCAUGGAACACGGAGCUGGAUGCCCGCCAAGAGAGGGCAAUUCCACUGCAGGUGGAUAGGCAGACGGGAAAGGUCAUUGGCAGCGAGGAUUGCCUGUACCUAAACGUGUACACCAAACAUUUCGAUGAAUCGAGGCCACCUCUUCCCGUUAUGGUGUACAUCUACGGCGGGGGAUUUCGAACGGGCGGUGCCAUAAAAUUCAAGUACGGGCCGGACUAUCUGAUGAGCAAAGAUGUUGUAUUUGUGCUAUUCAACUACCGGCUUUGUUCGCUCGGAUUUCUUAGUAUGCCGAGCCGCGAAUCGAAUGUGCCGGGAAAUGCCGGACUCCAGGAUCAGUUGAUGGCACUGCGCUGGGUAAGCCAGCACAUCAGGAACUUUAACGGGGACCCGCAGAAUAUAACGCUUUUUGGGGAGAGUGCAGGAGCUGCCUCAGUGCACUUUAUGAUGUGCCUCCCGCAGGCAAAAUGUCUUUUCCACAAGGCCAUCAUGAUGUCUGGAUCCAUGCUAAGUCCAUGGGUGGAUGCUCCCGAAAGCCAGAGUUUGUUCUGCCGCCUUGCCUUUGCCGCAGGAUAUAAAGGACCUGCGGAGGAGCCUUCCGUGCUGAGGUUCCUUCGCCGCGUGAGGGCUGAAAAGCUGGUGGGUCACGAUUUCAUCACAGCCCGCGAUCGUUGCUUCGGGUUUCUCAACGCCUUCGUUCCUGGCGUGGCCAAUCUGGAGGGAGGCCUCAUUCAAGCCCCCUUUCAGCAGCUGAUGAGGGAGGCGUGGUCCACACAAGUGCCCCUGCUCCUGGGCGGCACUUCCUUCGAGGGGCUGGUUUGCUACCCCUUCUGCCAGCUGAACAAUGGCUAUAUGCUGGAGCUGCUCAAACAGGAGCCAGCGAUGGUUCUGCCCCACGAGGUAUACCAAUCGAUGAGCGUCGAGGAGCGGAACAUCGCCGCCGAGGCACUGGUAAAACAUCAUUACGGACCGCGCGGAAUCACCAAGAAUAAUAUCACGCAGAUUUUAGAUCUAUUUAGUUACAAGCUAUUCUGGCACGGCAUGCAUAGGGUGGUCCUCUCCCGAUUAUCCCACGCACAAGCACCCACCUAUCUAUACCGGUUCGACUUCGAUUCGCCCAAGUUAAACCUGAUGCGAAACCAGCUCUGCGGUGACGACAUCAAACGUGGUGUCUGCCAUGCGGACGACUUGGGCUACAUUUUCCGCAAGCAGGCCCAAAAGAAGCAGCCCCUUGAUUCCGCGGAAUACCUAACCAUCCAGCGAAUGGUGAGCAUACUGACGACGUUUGCCAGGACCGGCGAUCCCAACUGUUCGGAGACAGGACCGGAUCGGUGGCUACCCGUCACCACAAAGUCACCCUUUAAGGUACUGAACAUUGGACAGGAUGUGGAGUGCGUAACCCAAAUCGAAAAGGAAGGCUUGGAGGUGUGGAAUCAGCUUUAUAGUUACGUGAAAUAG